GCGUGAAGCGUGUAUGAAACGCGCAUCAAAAUCUGCCGUUUCGACUAAAAAAUUUGCGUUAUUCUGAAAAUUCCGGCAAAACUCACAGAAGGGGACAAACAAUUUAGGGUUUUUCAAAAUUCAAUUUAGGGUUUUCGCUGCUUACACUGUAAGCUCUCCCUUCAAUCUCAACUCUCACAGGAGGUUGCUGUGUUUGCAUGCUUGAUUAGAAUUUGGAAAUGAGUGAUACAAAAGAAAGCGAGGAAGUUAGCCAGAGCAUUCCUGUUAAUACAGAGGAAGCUGGCCAUGUCAUUGGUGAAAAUGGAAGUCCAAACCAAGCUUCAGCUAAUCAAUAUUUAAGAGAUGACCAUCAGAUGAUUAUAGAUAAUCUGGCUGGCCUGGAUUCCUAUCUUGAUCGAGAGAUGCAUCUCGAAGUUCAACCUGAUACUGCAGAAGAAACUUAUGUGUCAGAUGAUAAAUAUGUGAGGGAAGAAAUUCUUUCCGUGGAUGAAAAUGUGAAACCCAAGGUUGUUUUGGAAGACAUCCCACGAGAGAAUGUUCAAGACACUCUUCACUCAGUCCCAGUUGAGGUUGAUGAUCAGAUUCUGAAUACAACUGAGUGUGAAGCUGCUGCUUCUGAUGGGAAGGUGGAAGCCGAAAGACUUCCUCAGAGUAGUAAUGGCGUUGAGAAUGAUGAUACUGCGUGUCGAAAUAGUGUUAGUGAUGGUGAUGCUGAAACGACAGGGAUGGAGGUUGAUGUGAAGCCUGAAGUUUGUGAAGCGGCUGAUAGUAAAACUUGUGAUAAUGAACUUAUAUCGUCAAGUCAUGAUAAUCCGAUGCCUUCUGCUGCAAAUGAACCUAUGCCGUCAAGUCAUAAUGAUCAUACUACACCACAACCUGCCCAUGCUGAAACAGGGCCAGAAAUCAAGAAUGUUUUAGAAGUUGAAAUUAGUAAGGCCGGUGAAGAGCAAGCUGGUGAGCAUGCAGAUAAUGGGAACUCAGAUUCGCCGCAGAACAUGUUUUUCUUGGAUGCUGAUCAUUAUUAUGAUGGUAAUGAGUCGGGAACUGAAGAGGACCAAGCAGUUUUUAUGAAGGAGCUCGAAAACUUCUUUAGGGAGAGGAGCAUGGAAUUCAAACCUCCCAAAUUUUAUGGGGAAGGACUUAAUUGCCUUAAGUUAUGGAGAGCUGUAAUGAGAUUGGGAGGCUAUGAGAAGGUAACCUCAUGUAAGUUGUGGCGGCAAGUGGGAGAGUCUUUCAAGCCUCCAAAGACAUGCACCACAGUUUCCUGGACUUUCCGGGGAUUUUAUGAGAAGGCCCUUCUUGAUUACGAAAGGCAUAACAUAAAAGGUGGCGAGCUGAAUGUGCCUAUCCCUUCUCCUCCAGAGCCUGUGAUUAUUGAAAAUCAGGCUUUAGCAUCAGGUAGAGCCCGGAGAUAUGCUGCUGAACAGGCUAUGCGGGGUUGGCACUCACAACGUCUUCUUGGCAAUGGUGAAGUUAGUGACCCUAUUAUAAAGGAUAGGAAUUUGUUGUCUGUGCAAAAGCGAGAAAAGCAACUUAAGAAUAUCAAUAUACUUAAACGUAAGAAGCCAUCUUAUAUGGAUAAUGCAGUCAAAGCAGCACGCAGUAAACCAUCUAAACCACAGUUGGAAACAGCUGUGGUUGACAUUGGACCUCCUGCUGAUUGGGUAAAAGUCAACGUACAAAAAACUAAAGAUUGUUUCGAGGUAUAUGCUUUAGUUCCUGGCCUUUUGCGGGAAGAGGUCCGAGUGCAAUCAGACCCAGCAGGACGUUUGGUCAUAAGUGGUGAGCCAGAACAUCUAAAUAAUCCUUGGGGUGUGACACCUUUCAAAAAGGUUGUGAGUUUGCCCUCAAGAAUUGAUCCUCAUCAGACAUCAGCUGUGGUAACGUUGCAUGGACAAUUGUUUGUUCGUGUCCCAUUUGAACAGUCAGAAUAGCGGUAUAUUGGUAUAUUGUUGAUGCUUUCUUACAAGUUACAGAUUUCCUUUACCAUUAUUUAUAGGAUAGUUGACCCAGAAAAAACAACGGAGAGGAGUUAGUUAUGCCUGUAAGACUGUAGAAUGUAUAUUUUAAAUUUAAAAUCAUUGUACAUUGUUUUCUCAAGCAUUACAAUUUGACCAUGUUAAUGUUAAUAUUAGCUAGUUAGGAUUUUGUAA